GCCGGGCCCCGCCGCGCCCCGAACCCGCACCCGCGCCCGCACCAUGCCCGCGGCCGCGCCGGCCCUGCGACCGCCGGCCCCGGCCAGGCUCAGCCCCGUCGGCCCCGCGCGCGGCGCCCCGGGACAUCGAAGCCUGUGUGACCAUUCCCUCAAAAAUUUAAGCUCCAGGAUCACGGAGCGGAAACUUCAGGGCUCAUGGCUGCCUGCUGGUGGAGGGAAACUGGAGAAACCCUUUCUGGGGUCUCGAGGCACCAUCAUGCCUGUGUUCAGUCCUCAGCAUGGCUUUCACCCCAUCCACCCCGACAGCAGCCCUCUGAAGCCCCGGGUGGUGACUGUGGUAAAGCUGGGGGGACACCCACUCCGGAAGAUUUCUCUGCUCAUCAAUAGACGCUCCGUGCAGACCUUCGAGCAGCUGCUGGCAGACAUCUCUGAGGCCUUGGGCUUCCCAAGGUGGAAGAAUGACCGAGUGAGGAAGCUCUUUAACCUCAAAGGGCGGGAGAUCAGGAGUGUUUCUGAUUUCUUCAGAGAAGGGGAUGCUUUCAUUGCUAUGGGCAAAGACCCCUUGACGCUGAAGAACAUCCAGGUGGCACUGGAAGAGCUGUACCCCAAUAAAGGCCGUGCCCUGACAAUGACCCAACAGAACAGGGUUCCUUCUCCCAGGCUGAGAAGCAGGCUCUAUAGCCAGGCUCUGAAGUGGGGCCACAACUGUGGUGAGGCGGAGAUGCCCAAGAACAGUGGAGAGGGCAAGCACUCUCUCGGACCAGACUCAGAGGAGAGGGCGAGGGUGCAGAAGAAGUGGGUGAGGGCCAAGUGGGAACCUGAGGCGAGUGGCAAGCCACCCCGGGAAACCUCACUUGAGGAGAGGCAUGCAAGUGGAGAGAAGCAUCAGGGCCUGGAGAUCGAAAAGACCUCAGGGGAGAUCGUCCGGUGUGAGAAGUGCAAGAGAGAACGAGAGCUCCAGCAGGGCCUGCAGAGGGAGAAGCUGUCUCUGGGCACCAGCGAGCUGGACCUGGGCAAACGCCAUAGCUACGAGGUGGAGAAACUGGUGAGGAGCAGGAGCUGCAGGAGGUCCUCAGAGGUGACCAACUCUCCCGGUGGGGAAGAAGGGUGUAAGGAAGAUGGCACCAGGAGCAGCUCUAGGAACCUCACUCAGGAGCUGAGGAGGCCCAGCAAGAGCUAUGUGAGGAAAGAGGACAGAGAACCAAAGGGCCCUGAAAGUGCUCCCCAGACAGCCACCAAGGCUAAGCGGGAUCUUGGGGAAGCUCGGCCCACUCGAGAGGAGGGCCUGAGAGAGGGAAAGAAGGAACCCCAGAGCACUGGCAGGACGAGGCAUGGCACCUGGCUGCUGAGGGAACAGCAGAGUGAGGCAGAGAAAGUACCCAGGCCCUGGGAGGAAGAACAGCAAUCCGAGAAGGGGAAGAGGCCUGCUGCCCUGGGAGGUAGGAAGGCAGCGCCCAGAGAUGAACAGCCCACUAAGGCUGAAAAGGAGCCCAAGCACAGAGCCCAGGAGAUCAAGGCUAAGCCGAGGCCUGUGGGUGUCAUCGCGGCGGAUGUGGAGAAGCAUUACCACACGGGCAAGGUCAUUGGUGAUGGGAACUUUGCUGUGGUGAAGGAGUGUUGGCACCGCGAGACCCAGCAGGCCUACGCCAUGAAGAUCAUCGACAAGUCCAAGCUCAAGGGCAAGGAGGACAUUGUGGAGAGCGAGAUCUUGAUCAUCCAGAGCCUCUCUCACCCCAACAUAGUGCAGCUGCACCAAGUGUAUGAGACGGAGAAGGAGAUCUACCUGAUCAUGGAAUACGUGCAGGGUGGGGACCUCUUCGAUGCCAUCAUGGAGAAUGUGAAGUUCUCUGAGCAAGAGGCAGCCCUGAUGCUCCUCGAUUUGUGUCAGGCACUUGUCCACAUGCACGACAAGGGCAUUGUGCACCGAGAUCUUAAGCCCGAGAACCUGCUGGUUCAGCGAAAUGAGGACAAAUCUACCACCUUGAAGCUGGCUGACUUUGGCCUUGCAAAGCAUGUGGUGAGACCCAUAUUUACUGUCUGUGGGACCCCGACCUAUGUGGCUCCUGAAAUUCUGUCUGAGAAAGGUUAUGGACUGGAGGUGGAUUUGUGGGCUGCCGGCGUGAUCCUCUAUAUUCUCCUGUGCGGCUUCCCCCCAUUCCGCAGCCCUGAGAGGGACCAGGAGGAGCUCUUCAACAUCAUCCAGCAAGGACAAUUUGAGUUCCUGGCCCCCUACUGGGACACUAUCUCUGAUGCUGCCAAAGAUCUGGUGAGCCAGUUGCUGGUGGUAGACCCCAAAAAGCGCUUCACAGCCCACCAGGUUCUUGAGCACCCCUGGAUCGAAAGUGCUAGGAAAAAUAGCGUGGUCCACCUACCAAAAGAGGCACCCCCGAGCAUCGAGGGCCAUUUCCGGAACCAGCACAAACGGGCUGUUGAACAGGCAACUUCGUAAGCAUUGUUCAAGCACUCAUCUGCUCAGCCACAGGUGCCACUCCACAGAGAGCCAAGGAUGGAAAUCCCAGAAAGCAAAUGAAAAUGCUAACGUCCCAUUUUUGGAGAAUGCAGAGGAGAGACUAUUUUAAGGCAUACUUUACCAAACAAACAUUUAUUGUAAAAUGUCAUGACGCAUUUCAGGUUUGUAAGUUUGGAGCCCUUAACAUGUUUCUGGAUGUGAGGGACUUGGCCCCAGGGAGGAACUUUUGGUAAUCACAACGAGUUUUGCUUCCUUCUUGUGACCACAUUCCUUGAAUAUAACAUGGAUGGUACUUGGCUAAGCUUGGUUAAAAUGGGAUCUAAACUCGCUCUGUGAGAUUAAAACGUUAUCAGGUCUUUUCUGUUUUAAUAAAACUUGCUUUAAAUGAC